CCCUAGGGAGUUAUGAGACUUUUGGGAUUUUAAAGUGAUGGCAUAGGGAACAAAGCAAACCUGCAAAGCUAGAGCCAGGAGAAUAUUUUUGAGUUUUUCCCAUUCGGGCUUCCAUGUUAGCUCCCUACCCACUGCUAUGUUAAAUUCUGGACAACUGCAUAUUUUCGUUCUUUGCCCUCUAGACUUGCAUAGGGUCAUCCCAGACCCCACAAAGUAUAUAUUUUCGGAAUCCUCUCGUCAAGACCUUUCCAACGAUAUCCCAUUUAUUGAGGUCGGCGACCUUUGACAUCGCGACCUUUCGACCCCCGGAAAAAGGUCACGCAUGUCGAUUUCGACGUUUAGGGUAAUUGAACUAUUAAUCUACUACCAAAGAUCUGCAACAUAUCAAAAAUUGGGGUAAAUCCAAUCGACGAACAUUUCGCCAUACUUUUUGCGUCACAACUAAAAACCAAUUUUUCCAAAUUAAAAUUUUUGGCUUUAAAGUUGGAAUUUCGACUCAAUUCGAAGAACGCACCAAGGUAUUGAUCCAAAGAGUGUAGGAGAAAAAUUUUGUGCAAUUCCAUCAACCCGUUCCUGAAAUAAGUUGUUCCCUAUGCCAUCACUUUAAAAUCCCAAAAGUCUCAUAACUCCCCAGGGAAAAUUUUGGCGCCUAAAAUAUUUUGCAAUUUUUUUUCUUUUUAUAAGGUGAACAUAAUAAAAUAGUUUAAUUUCACUUUUGAAAUACUCGUUGGAUGUCUUUGUCGAGUCCUAUAAUUCUUACUCAAAUAUGCUCAGGCCAGGUACUUUUUAUAGCCAUGUACCUUUUUUCCACCAAAAUUGACUAAUUUCAAGUUAUAUGGUAAGAUUUGAAUUUCGGGAAAAAAUCCCGGGAUUUCCCGGGAUUUGUCACGGCUAAAACCGGGAUUCCCGAUUCCCGGGAUUUAAAAAAUCGUCCGGGAUUGGAAUCCCUACCAAAAACGUCGGGUUUCCAUUGCGAUCGCGAUGAUACACAAUCCAAAAUUGCUUAUCAUGGACGGUAAUAAUUUGAGCCAACUUAAAAUUGAGAUUAAGAUAUAACUUACUGAUGAUCCAAUUUUAGAGCCAAGCGUUGGGCUUGACCCAUUAUUACGGGAGAGGAUUUGGGCAUAUUUGAGAGAGAUAUCAAGAACACGUGGGACAACUAUAAUCUUAUCGACGCACUACGUCAACGAAGCUAAGCAAUGUGAUAAAGUAGAUUGGUUUCAUGAGGGGUGGCCGCCUCAUUGCUGAAGAUAACCCAGAAGCGCUCCUAUCCUCUUAUGGCGCCAUUAAUUUAGAAGAUUUCGCUAUAAAAAUAUGCCGCCAGGAUGAACUGGAGCACGAAAAAACGAGAGACAUCUUUCUCUGGAUAGAGGAAAACGAAAAAAUGCAAGAUGCAAAUUCCAACGUGAUUGGAAAGACGUAUCGAAAAUUUUCCGCUUCUUUUCUACAAAACGAUUUUUAUGCAAGUCAGACAACCGGUAAAACGAGUAGGAAUCACUUUCGCAUAAUUUGUGGCCUCGUUGUCAAGUCGUACCAUCAAACUAGGAGAGAUAUAAGACGAAUCGUUCCCGAAUUUGUGUUACCUGUCACACUGCUUAUUCUGUUACAAAACAUAAUUGGUCUCCCACCACGAACUUUACCUGUGGGGUUGGUAACAAAUAUGGAAAAUGUGACAACCACUGUACAACUGGAUGAAUUUUGCAACAAUUUUAAUUCAUCGGGAUCUGAAUGUCUAGAGAAUGUUGGGAUUUGCAGUUUUAUUGAUACCUUUGAAAAUCGUGAAUUUGACUGGAAGGUGACAAACUCGUUCGAGAAUGGAAUUCGUGAUAUUCAGCUGGGAAAUACAAUCGCUUUAUUAGACUUUCCACCCGAAUUCGGAAUGCAUGUCAAGAAUCGAAUGAUUUACAGAAAUUGGGUGGACAACGAGACGUUACGUGGGACUACGAUAACUGUGGAAACAGAUAACUCGAAUAUCAUCUCCUAUGCGUGGUUUAGGAAAACGCUGAUUGAAAAAUACCUCACCUUUCUCAAGAGAAUUUUGACUUAUUGUUCAGCAAAUGAGAAUAUUUCUACUCCAGCGUUGAAGUUCCACGCGAUCCACGGUAGCUUGGAAAUUGGUGGAUCCGUCUCCUUCGUGCAGCCAGGCAUUAUAAUUCUACAAAUAUUAGUGGUCUCCUGCGGCGUUGCAAUGCACUGGGCGAUGGACAGAAGUGAAGGGUUGGAGGAUCUCGAUUAUGUCGCUGGAGUCAAUUUAUGGCAUAAAAUUGGAUCCAGCAUUAUUCAUCAAUUCGUCAUUACGGGAAUUAAUUCAGUAUUAAUUCUCGGAAUGCUUUGGGUCUUUUAUGGACUCGAGGUUAAGGGGACAUGGGGUCUGGUGGUUGGACUGAUAUAUUUAACGUCGCUGGUGGGAUUGUCAAUUGGUUGGAUAUGUGGGACGUUGGGGGACACGGUGAUUGAAAAUGCUUGUAUCGUGCUUGGACUUAUGGUCGUACAAGCGUUAUCUUCAGGAGUCAUAACUACCCUCGAGGAAAUUGAACCACAUUACCGUCAUUUUUGUGAUCUCCUUCCAGCCACUAAAUUAGUGGAAGCAUUCAGAUCGGUAUGUUCGAGAGGAUCGGGGAUCAGUAGUGGUCACGUGGUGCCAGUAUUUAUCUCAGCGCUAGGAUGGGUAUCGCUUUCUCUAGUUGUUGCUACUUUGAUGGAGAGAAGGCGGAGGAAAUGAGUCACUCUGAAAUGCUAGAAUUUGAGGUCAGACAGAUUUUUUUUAAAUUGGAGACACAUAUCCGACUGAAAAAAAGGAAACUACAAUUAUUUUAAGAAAUGUGAAAAUUGUGUAUUUAUGUUUAUGUACUUAUCUACAGACAUAUCUAAAUAUAUGUCCAUACGUAAAUUUAUGUACCUAAAAAUUAAUUAAGUAAUUAAGUAAUUUUUUCCAAAUAUGUAUCUAUCUAUGUGAGCUUAUUUAUGCACAAGAUACGCUGAGCAGAAGGCUAAAGUAUUUCUCGUCUAUGUAAAUAUUAUUUGCAACUAUUCUAGGAUUUACACAUUAUUUAUUAGAAACGCGUAAAUAGUAGUAAAUACGUUUAUGACAAAAUUGCCAGUGAAUUUAUAUUUAGUUUAUAUGUAGUUUAUAUUUAUUACCUAACCAAAUCGAGAUAUUGCACUGUAUGCAGGUAAUCUAUACAAAUUUUGCACUGCGAAAUACCUAUGAAAUCGAUACCGAUUUAGGAAAUUGGAACGUUGUGUAUCAAGUGUCACCACUUAUGUACGUUUGUAUCUACUUAUUUGAGAUUGUAUUCAGUAUUGUAUAACUGAAGAGGUAUAUGAGACACUGUUUAAAUAUUCCUUUGUCAAAUAAGCGGAAGUCGGGCCAAAGUUGCAAUAGCUGCUAUGUACUUUGUACAAAUAUUGGUAAAGCCCUUGCAUUAAAUCAAUUUCCUUCGAUAAGCUGGACCAAUUUCAUCAUGCCACUUUCUACGAAAAUUGGAUAACCAUGUCCUUCCAGUUACGAAAUGUAGGUUUAUUUAAUAAAGGGUGGGGAAAAAGUUCCUCCCACUAUUUUUGCCAAUCAA